GCAGACAAACAGCUUUUGGAGCUCUCUUCUCCAAUCGAACUGCUGUCCGGCGCUCCGCUCCGCCCCGCCCGCCCUGCCACGCCAGUCUGCCCUGCUGGACCGCUGGUCUCGUCUCCUCUCGUCUCGCUCCUUCUUCUUCCUCCGGCUGUCCUCGUUGCCUGCCUGCCAGUUGACUCCGCCCCUCGCCUCGUUGCGCAUAAGACACGAGACCUCCGAGCGGACGAGCGAGCGAUCGAGAGUUUCAGGGUGCGGACGAGCAUCGAGCGAGCGAUUGUGCGGAUCCUAAACCUGGCGCUUGCUUGCCCGGUCGCCUUCAGCUCGAAUGGUAUGGUCGGGGUCCAGGAUGGUUUUAGGCCAGGAUAGUUUCACCAGCCGGUUGGAGACUAGAGCAGCAUGACAGUCGGACGAAAAGGUGCAGCUGAGAGUAACUCGCAGCCUCAGGGGAAGCAGCAGAGCUGCAGAGCAGCAACAGCAGCAGCAGGAGAACCGAGAGGAAUUGGAAGAUCUGAAAUCUUUUGGGCGCGCUGAGGAUGCGUGUGCUGCCGGCCUGCUUCUUGCUCGCUCGUGAGAAGUGAGUUUUCGGCCCAGGCCGCGGCGGAGAGAGUGGCUCCUGCUUUUGUGUUUGUAUGUGUGUGCGUCCGGUUUCGGUCUCGUGCAUGCUUGCGUUUAGAGUGUGCUGGACUGUCGGUUUAGAGCCGGAAGGUGUCAGCAACGAAUCACGGCGUGGUGCAGAUCGACUCCGCUUUUGUGGAAGUUCGGGCCUGAAGCAAUUCAUCAUUUCAGGUUCCAUCAUCUCGGGACAGGGACAGGGCGAGGAGGAGGCGAGCGGAUGAACUCUAGGAGUUGAGAGUCGUCUCCUUGUUGGUCAGGGGGGAUUGAUCGGAACCUUUGGGCCAUCCGUUGCAAGGCCUCAUAGAGGACCGGCAUAGCUUGCGCAGGUGGAGAAUCCAGCUUGAAGUUGGGAACAGCGGAGGGUUGUUAUCAGUUUGCUAUGAAACCGUCGUUGGUAGGCAUUUUCGUCGUGAUCCAGCUCCUGACACUCGGACUAGCCUCGGAUCAUCCACAAGGGCAUGCCGGCGAAUUAUGUAACCUCGAGGAUGUGGCUCUGUUCUGUACGCAAUUUUUGAGCGGGGAUGAUGGCGACGCGCACCGGUGCUGUCAGGCACUAGCGUCUGCCAAUGACAGGGGGUGCUUGUGCUCGCCAGCGUCGACGGUAUGGGCACCCUUGGGCGGAGAUGGUUUGUGUCAGCUGCACGUCUCAUGGGCAGGCAGCGUGGAAUGUUCCAACCUUGCAGAGGAGGCAGCUUCCUUGCCAGAGUUCGUGAGCAAUUCUGCCAAAAGGCAAUUAGCAGAUGAAGUUCCUUCAUCACAAAAACCUUUGCUCGCAAGUUCGGAUCAGUUCGAUACCUCGACAGAAUCAGGAAAUUCGAGUGAUCAAAAUACGUCAGAGGAAACAUCAAGUGGUGGGGGAUUUCCAGGAGUGCUCGCCGCUGGAAUGGGUGCAAGUUUUCUUCUUUCUUGUGCACUGGUUUGCCCGUGCUGGAAGCCAACGAGGAAGAAGGAAGUUGUCAGUCAAACGUUUCAGGGAGACAUUUCAAGUAAGACAGUCAAUUCUAUCUCCAGUAAUCAUGACAAUUCAAGGUCCCUAAAUCGCCUCAAUUCUGCGUCAAGUUUUUCAGCUUACAGCAACACAUCUUCUCAAAUACCUCCUGGAGUUACUGGCGCCUUGACCUUUACUAUGGCUGAACUUAUGAAGGUUACUGGGAAUUUCUCUCCUUCUCAUAAAAUCGGACAAGGAGGUUUUGGAACUGUUUAUAAGGGUAAACUAAAAGAUGGUACAGUUGUUGCAGUGAAGCGGGCCAAGAAGGACGCAUUUGAGACACGUCUAUCUAUAGAGUUCCAAAACGAACUCGAUAUGCUUUCUCAAGUUGACCAUUUGAAUUUGGUGAAGUUAAUUGGAUACUUGGAGGAGGAGCAUGAACGUAUUCUUGUCGUGGAAUAUGUACCGAAUGGCAACCUCCGAGAGCACCUUGAUGGCCAUUAUGGAAUGGUGCUUGAUAUGGCUACUCGGCUUGAUAUCGCGAUUGACGUUGCACACGCCCUCACCUACCUCCAUCUCUAUGCAGACCGUCCCAUCAUUCACAGAGACGUCAAGUCUUCAAACAUUCUGUUGACCGAUACUUUCCGAGCGAAGGUUGCCGAUUUUGGUUUUUCAAGGACAGGACCUACCGGCCAAGGAGACACUCAUGUCUCCACUCAAGUGAAAGGAACUGCUGGAUACUUGGAUCCAGAGUACCUGACCACUUACCAACUGAACGAAAAAAGUGAUGUUUACUCGUUUGGGAUUUUGGUGAUUGAAAUAUUCACCGGGAGACGGCCGAUCGAACUGAAGCGACCCAGUGAAGAGCGAGUGACCGUGAGAUGGGCCUUCAAGAAAUUCGUGGAGGGGAAGGUCAUGGAAAUUCUGGACCCGAGAAUUGAGCACACACCAGCCAUAUACAUGAUCAUAGAGAGGCUGGCGGAACUAGCGUUCGCUUGCUCAGCUCCCACGAAGAGAGACAGACCGGUUAUGAAGAAGGCUCAGGAGGCUCUCUGGAACAUCAGGAAAGAGUAUCAGGCUCAGCUCUCUAAUGACCCUGCCCGUAGCCCUUCACAUACAUCGCGUACGUCCCGAGCGACAUUUUCAAUACCCGAGACGGACAGUCGUACUAGUCCUAGUUUCCUCAGUCCUCGACUUGCCAGUCCUACAAGAUCGAGUCCUAACAGUCGCUUAAGUCCUAGCACGAGCAACAUGAGUUCCCAGAACUUGAGUGGAAGGUAGUAAGUUGCUUAUUGUUAAGUAUAUUUGACCUCUAGACUUAGUUGUGAAAAAAAGUGAGAGUGUUUUUUUAGAUUAAGAAUUAUUUGGCCUCGAGAGGUGUACUUCUAAAAAUGCCUGAUGUGAUUUUGAGGGAGAGGAGUGGGAUUGAGUCAGCUGAGUGUCAACACAGUUUUAGUCAAUUGAAUGUGAGAUCUCCACCGAUUGGUUGUGGAGUGCUCUCAGGCCAUUUUGAUUUCCUCAAAGUAAUUGCAGUGGUGACAACUUAACUGGAUCUGCUGAAACUGGAGUGACUUGGCGAAGCUGGCGAUUUGAACAGGAAGCUGUAAUGAUAUACUUGUAGAUUUUUUUAUGGCUUAUUAGAUGUAAAGUCAGCAUCGAAUUCUUUGUAAGUAUGUAGAGUAAAGUGAGGGUUGUCCCAGUUGUGGGAAGGAGAAAGUGAGUACAAAAUUAGCAGAAGGAUGAAAAGCCAUCAAAUUAGUUUAAUUUUCCUACUUCGCCUCCCUUUUCAAUUUUGUGCACGUACAAAUGAUCGUCCAAACCGUCGAGAAUUGUGUGUUUCAUUCACAAAGUAAAACAGCUAUUUGGG